AUGGAACUUAGUGUUUUUCAUGCUUUGGUACACAAGCUUCGUGAGAAACAACUCCUUACUGAUUCAAGAGUUGUCUCGGUAGAAGAACAAGUUGCUAUAUUUUUAUAUGCACUAGCAAAAAAUGCAAGUAACGAGACAUUGGCAGAUUUCUUCCAACACAGUGGAGAAACAAUAAGUCGAUACUUUGGAGCUGUGCUUGAUGCAAUUACACAGCUAACAUGCAUAUAUAUUCGUCCACCGUCUCUACAUCCACAUCAGAUCUUGAGAAGACCAAAAUUUCACCCCUUUUUUCAGGAUUGUGUUGGCUCUAUUGAUGGGACACAUAUGCCAAUGAUACUUCCGCUGGAACAGCAAGAACCUUAUAGGAAUAGAAAGCAAACAAUUUCUCAAAAUGUGAUGCUAGCAUGCGAUUUUGAUUUGAAGUUUGUCCACGUACAUGCCGGUUGGGAGGGAUCCGCUUCAGAUGCAAGAGUUCUACAAGAUGCACUUGAUCAUGGCCUAGUAGUACCACCUGGUAAAUUUUUUCUUGUGGAUGCUGGUUAUGCAAACACAACACAGUUCCUUGCACCGUAUCGUGGAACAAGGUAUCACUUACAAGAACAAGGAAGAGCCAAUCAAAAGCCUCGGAAUUACAAGGAGCUGUUUAAUCUUCGACAUGCACAACUGAGAAACCAUAUUGAGAGAUCAAUUGGUAUAUUGAAAAUGAGAUUUCCUAUACUAAGGACUGGCUCACACUAUCCUGUUGAUAAGCAAGUUGAUAUAUCAGUUGCUUGUUGUGUUUUACACAACUUUAUACGCCUACAUAAUGGAGAUAUGCAGUGGCCAACUAAUUCCAAUGAUGAGUUAGAUCCAGAACAGGUUGUUGAAAUGCCAAGUGGUGACCACAACUAUAACAGUGAUAUACAGAGAUUUAAUAAUUCUAGAGAAGCUGGAAAUCAAAAGAGAGAUGCUAUAGCACAUCAGAUGUGGGAACAAUAUGUAACUCACAGGACUUAAA